AUGUUGAAUACUCAAGCACCGGAAGCGGUUAUUGACGUUUUGGAGCGAACGUGCGCUCCGACGGCCGACGCUUACAAUCGUCUAGAAGACGCGAUGGUAAUGACGUGUUGCACUGAAAAUUGCUUCUCCUGCAGAUGCGUAGGACGAGCUCAGCACUUUUUUCGUUCGGCAAGGUUUUCACCGUCUUGAAAGGCUAUUCUGAUCUCAACUUUCUUCUAGCAGCCUCGGAAAAGGAUUGGUUCAGUUGCCGUUAA